AUGUUGCGACAAGCAUCGGCCAGAACGUCUUCCGGCAGCAUCACCGGUUUUAAUGGGGAGAGAAGACGUUCCGUUCUGCCCACUCAAAGUCAGUUUAAGUCAUGUGUGCAAAGCGAUGCGCGCGCCGAUGAAGAGGAGGCAACUCUGCUUCCAGCUACCCUACGACGUGCCAGCUUGGCGGCCCAUAACCUACGGCGCAUCUCUAGUGUCUUUAAAAACGAGGGCCCUCGAGAGUUCCUAAGAGCCGCCCUCGGAGAUCCCAACAGGGAGUACUAUAAGAAGCUGGCCGGUGAAAAUGAGGAACUCACCACUGAAUGGAAACGUCUGAAGGGCUACCUGAAAACACUGGCUGACGACUACGAGAGCUGCAAGGCUGUGGACCCCUUAAGACGAUAUAGGCUCCUUAGAGCCAUGGUGAAACGCAUUGUCUUACAUAUGCAGAUCACCGACCCACUCCCCAGUGUUCAGGCUGUUUUGCCGGCUGGGGAUCAGCUAAUCUGCGGGUCCGUUCUCCGGAGUUCGGUUCGAAUGCAGGAAAUAAAACAAAAACACCAAAAAAUGUGCAAUUGUGAGUGGCUUUUUGCUCUCUUAUGUUAUAAGUAAGACGCCUUUGCAGUUUUGAAGAAGAUUGUUUAAAUCUUUCACUUUAUAGUUGGGUGUUGGCCUACAUAGACAUUCUUACUGAGGCGGCCCACAUAAUGAAAGCAAUUGACAUAGUUGUGGAACAUCUGAGCAGUCCCCUAAAAUUAAGUAAAUUCUGCAGAAGGAUGAUCUUGGAUCGCCGGAGAGGAAGGCACAUUCCUCUUGUAUCCGAAUACAGAUUCGAGUUAAUUAUUAGAGAAAAAUUCCUUUACCAGUUCAUACCACAUCGAAACUCCUCUUUCCAUUAAUCACUUCUCAGGGGAUCCGGAUGGCUUGGGGCUGCGCAUAUGUUCGAGAGGCUUGUCCAGGCAAAGGACCAAUAUUUAGACAAAGCGCCACCUACCGUGGCCAAAACAAUUCCUUCCUUUAUUUUGAACUCGGAUAAAAGUCUAAAUUCCAAAAUACGCCAACAUAGCAAAGUAACUUAGGAUGCAGGUAUUAAUAGAAUACGGAUUUUCAUCUGCAUCUGUCAGUCUAUUUGUAUUUUUGCUCUGAUCCUCUUUUUGACACUUCGGGCUUCGCAAGAAAAUUUUAAAAAUUGGAUCUCCUACUUCGCUUUUUGCAGAACCGGAAACAUUUUUGUAAGAUAAUUAAUUCAACUCAGAAGUUUCUUAAAGAUAUAAAGGGAUAUUUGAACAGCAAUUUACCCUUUGUUUCACUGCAUAUGACAUAUUUACUGGAAUUAGAAUAAACGCAAAACAAAAGGCUGAUUCCGAAAUGUAUUACGAAAAAGCGUGCUCCUAUAGCCUCUGUACAAUUACAUUCGGCAAACUCGAUUGAGUACGCAUAAAAGAACAAGCCCUAGGAGAUUAUGGGUCUAAUCUUAGGCUAUAAGCUUAGGGUAUGCAGAAGGCCAUACAAUAAACCAGCCUCAAUUUUAGGAUUUUCGAAUGAAAUAUGCUUACGAAUGGUUACUUCAACUGUCCAUCGGAUAUUGUUUUAGUGCGCAUAAUCGACUGAUGAUGAGAUAAUCUAGGAUAUUAUCAGUUUUAAUUUUUUUCCAUUGUGGCAUUAUGUUGUUUCCACUAUCUCACAAUAAACAGGACGAACACCGAAUUAUUUGUAAUCGAUUUUCAGUUAAUGUUGCAAAAAUAGAGGGUACAAAUCUGUGCAUUCAGCAAAAGCGGAACCAAGAGCACUCUGUCUUACACAAGAAAUUGCAUUUGAAGUGCAGCGAAUGGAAAAUAACAACAUCUUCACUUGAAUGAACAUUUUGUUGAUGCAUUUAAUAAGCAUUCUUUUCUUCCCGUUUGAUAGUUCAUCUUCCUUCUCCAAACACUGUCAGAAAUUGCUUGAUGUAGUUUUAAAAGAUAACUUGCCGCAAUUAUUGCAAAAAAUGUCACGCCAUCCCAAUCCAGCAUGGGCAAAAGUCUUACUAACCAACGUGGUCAAAAUAGGGAGCUUGAUGAUUAAAUGUUAGUUGGUCAAUGGGUUAAGAGAAAAAUGUGCAGAUCCAUGAGAAUUCAGGGGAUGGUUUGAAGGAGGCUUUGCCCUCAAGAGGACAAAAGUUCGAUUAUGCGACACCGAUUGUCCGAGCCUAUUUAUGUAACAUUUUGGCUACCAAAGGUCGGAAGAUCCACGGUACGGCUCUGGACUGUUUUUCACUCUCUUAUCAUUUGACAAGUGUACCGUUUUAGUUUUCUUCACAACUCUAUUAGGCUCUAAAACCAGUCAAUGCUAGCCCUAGUGAUGUUGGAAGGGACAGGGUAAUAACUUUUUCCCGAGUUAAUGCCCGUCUGGCAACAGCGGAAUGAAGAUGGUUACAUAAGACCUUCGGGAUUCAAAAAGUAAUGCACUUUACGGAUGCCUGUAUUCUAGAUACCCAUUCAUUGUAGUAUGAGGUUGACAAAAAAUACCGUUGGUUGGGUUCACUCGCCUCAGCCUUCGGACCCGUCCAUCCUCAAAAAUUUACGGUCACCUGAGGUUGGAUUGCGUCUUUUAAGUUCGCUGUUUGGCGUUUAGUCUUCAGCAGAGCCUCCGUUUUAUCUGCUUGUUGGUGGGCGACUUGAUUUCCAUGUUUUUAACACCUCACUGGACAUAGCCUUGGGCGUGGCUGGUCAGAUAAUCGGCGUAAGGACGACAUCGAAGGUGUGAAUUUGUUCUAGCAAACAACGUGCGAUAACAGGUCUCCCGAUUAGGCUGUCACUUAAAUUCCCGCGUCUUUCCCAUUCAAAUGCCCAGCCUGGCUUGUGUAGGUUCAGUGGCACUCAUGACGAGGGAUACGAUAGCCAACGCUUGGUCGGUCACGUGGACUGGCUAUCCUCGUUUGACAUUGCAGGCCUGCAGUGAGGAUGACUUCCAGAUAACUUCUCGAGAUUUGACCUGACCACCACUUGGCCCCAUUGGCGCUCAGGUAACCACUCCAGUGUGCUGAAGAACAACUCGGAAGAUGGGAGAAAUCUGAAAUUUUGUCCUAGAUCCCAUGCCCUAUCCCGAGUAAUAUUCUUAAAGACGUACACAGAUCUUACGUCGAGCUACAUCCGUGCCACCAUAUAACAAUUCUCUCUACUGUUUGGAAAUAGAACUUUUAAGAGACAGUAAAACUUCAGAAGAAAUUGUCUCCCUUUAGAAACCUGAAUCGUUUUUUAAACGUUCUUUUAGUAUGACAGCCCACGGCCGAUAAUUCGAGUUAACGAAUGUCGCACCAAAUAAGCCUGGGGGCGGAUAUAAGUUUUUGCGACACUAGUGCCUACGUCAGUUAAUUCGGUAAAAACCCCAUGGACAGUGCAGUUAGUUAUUGUUUGAUGUACAGGAAUAACCCCAUAUCAUUGAGCGUUCAAAGGGAAUUAGGAACUUUUCGCCCUAGCAACUGCUUGUUGAUUCAGUAAGUGACUCUUGAUAGUUCGUGUUAUAACAUCAAAAAUUUCCUUUGACAUGGAAUAAAGACACUACAAGGGUUUGCUUCGCAGCAUUCGCCUCCUGAACAAACUUAGCUUGUACCGCAGAGUCGCUUUUGGAGGCAUAUCCAGUUGCAGGGAGGUUUGCACAAUCACAGUUCAGAUCUGCUAAUAUGACUUCUAAAAAUCGAUAAAACAUCCGGUUCUUCUAAAAGACUUUUGUGUUAACAAGUUAAUUCCCACGAUUGGCAUCGAAAAAAAUAAAUGUUAGGUCAAAAACAUCUGUUUUGAAAACCCUGGUGGGUAAGUUACUCUCCUUUCAUAGAAAAACCCCCUCACAUGCGCAACCGAAGUCUAGGGCAAGUAUUAGCAUAGGAAAUUGUCCGAGUAUAUCGCGAUGACCAUUUUCGCACAAAUUUAUGGACAUUUUGCCCGAAAAAAUGCGUUGACACAAUUUCUGCACAAGAAAGGGACAUUUCCUUGAAGAGGCUGGAUGGACAAGCAAAAUGCUCCACUUUUAAGAUGUUCGAAAAGUUUCACAUCACUUUCUGUUAUCAGGUUUUAUGAGAUAGGUUAUGUACCGUAUUCACAUAUGCGUCCUCAGAUCGUUUAACCUCUUCGCCAGACGGAUUUCUGCAGGGAAUGCCGAGUAGCAUUGGGCAAGCCUCCUCCGCGGAAAUUUCACUGAUGUGAAAAUGUCGACCAAGUCUCUCUUUCUGACCGAUGACCAUAUAAGAAUAAACUGCCAUAGAAAAUUCGCUAGUGUUUCUGUUCUUCCCCACUGCUCCGGCAGUUUGCCUGCACAAAUAUUCUUAGGCGCCUUCUUCUUAGCAGAGAUCAGCUUCACUGGUUUAAAGGUAAAUAUCAAAUCAAGUCCUCUGCUGUCUACACUUUUCCUAUUUUGCUGUCAAUGGAAUUACCCACCAUCUACCCAUCUGUUGUUAGGUUCAAUUUGCAGAAGCGGAAGGAAAGAGGGUCAAGAAAUUAAAAUUAGUAGAGCGAGAAGGAUCUCUUAUCUAGAACUGGACAAUCAUUCAGAUGGAGAAUCCUUCCUUUGCGUGGUUCAAUACAGGAAUAAAUUCUGAGUCCACAAUUUCAAAACUCCGCUGUUCCUCUCAAAGACUCGGGACCAUCUAUAACAGACAGCAACCUUAGUAAAUUACCAGAUUAGGUAUUAUAUUUCCAUCUUGAGGCGAAAAAUUUCUACGGCUGGAUAGGGAGGAAGAAGGUUGGCUCAGCUCUAAAUGCCGCUGUUGCGGUAUAUUACCGUGGAAACGGCAGACAGCAUUGGCGACGUAAACCGCGCGUACUGAUCCUGGUUUUUAUUGGCCAUACUGCGGUCCCUGAGGGAUCAGAAAUUUUAGGCGAUUUGAUCAGCAGUUGACGGUUGACCGGACCGACAGGCCAGAAUUUUCUUUUAAGCAGUUCCGUGCACAGAAAGGUCAUUCUGGGGUACGGAACUGUGAAUGAAUACAAGGAGACACAUUGCGUCAAUCCGCCGGUUUCAUUAGCCCCUCCCCAUGUGUGUGUGUGUGUGUACGACAUUUUCACGCCUGUGAGAUGUACGCCGCCCAACCCUCUUGUGUGAAAUCUUGAUGUCUGUUUGGGAAGCCAAGUUGUGCAUGUGGUGCGCGCAGACAAAGUAACCAGAUAUGCCGUCUACCACGCCCAUCCCCCGCAACUGUCAACUGACCAGCUCGGACAGUGACUGGGACCUGGAUAUGGAAAUGAAGAGUGAGAUCGUCUACUCAGCGCAUUUAUAAACAAUCUGACGCGCCUGAAGCUAUCACGGUACUCUAAAAGCCGUUGCUUGGAAGGAAGCCAACUGACGGGACAACUUGGACCUCACAGUCGGCCCACCGUUGUGUGUUUGUGUAGAGCCGCCGACUGGUAACCUAAGAUUCAGGCUGCAAUGGCUCCCGCCCAGUGUGGACUUUAUGGCACUCCCACACUAUGGGAUUCGAGCGAGGUCUGUCGGCAAGCCUAGAUGCAGCUCCGGCCGUGCCUGUCACCCUUAUGUUGUCGUUGGUGAAAAAUCUUGAUAAUUAGUUGUGUGGACCAAGGGGUGUGGAGUGGAACGCCAAGGUGCGUGCUCGACCAUGCCGUCCACCUGUGCCCUCCCCCGCCUCCGGUUUUCUUGACUUCCUUGACACCGGGUCCAGGUGGGAGAGGAGGAGAGAGUGCGGUUCAUGCUACGUAAGUCUCCACUCACUAUAAACUAAUUCACGUACAAGUCACCGUCCCUGUUUCAUCUUGCUGUGGAGCACACGGUGGACAUCGUCGGCAGCGACGAUCAUGUGUGUGUACGUGUGUGGAAGAUAAGUGGUCCUGUCCUGUUGCCUCUGAAGGCGAGCCUCGAGACAGAGCGAGACCCAGAAUUUUACUAUGCACGGCAAAAACGUCCUCCACCCCCAAAAGCUGACGGGCUACAAUGCGCGCAGGCUGGAGUGCCGUCGUGGAACUGUGCAGGACAAAACCGUUUUACUCGUAAUUUGUUCGACACCUAAAUUUCUACGAAAAAGAGACCAGCGAAGUAUGGAAAGACUUCUCCUGAGGUAGAGACUGGCCGUUCGGAGUUCAUAGAUCUAACAGCCGCUGGUAAAGUUUUUAUCAUCACCAGGCCUGCUAGUCGGCCUUCGUUCUAUCAGGUUGCCUCAGGAUUUAUCACCUCUGAGCUUAUAGAAUGUGCAUGAUACUUGACAUAGUCAGAUAGGAUCUUAUCACUACGCCUUAACAGAUGGAGGAAUUUGUCCUUGAUUACAUUUCCUGUAUUGCAAAAUAUCGUAACCAUUAGGCUUUUAUUUGAGUGUGUCCGAAGGCAGUCUGACAUAAGAGUUUAAAAAUACGAACAUUUCAAUAGGUUCAAACAAAAAAGUAGAUGGUAAUUUUAGUAGUUAAAAGGAUGCCACGAUUUUCGCAAUUCAAAGUCGCGCCCGACCAUGAGACCGCUGACCAUAGGAAGUAGGCUAAACACUGAGUUUGUUCAUAUUGGGGGUUGUCGAUUGCCAAGUCUCUGGAGGUAAUUGUCUCAUGUCUUUUAAAUUCAUCUGUACGUACCCAGAGAGAGUAUUGCUUCAAAAUAUGCCCGUUAUAGAUGGCGCGAUUGGAGAUUCCCUGUCACUUAGAACACUUGUCAGGACUUACUGACUUAAACAGUCGUGAAGCAUCCCAUUAACUAUCUGAAAAGUUACCACUACCACCAAAUUGGAGGGUUUUGCCAACUUUCCAGUUAGUUAUCUUCAGUGUGAACCCCUGUCAACGUGAUAAAGGAGAAGACCGCGUUUUACUGACUAAAAUCUUAUUGCAAAGUGAAAUUUAACAAAGAGUCGAGAUUGUUACCUGGACAGAAUUAAAAAAAAUAAAAUUACUGUCAGUUUACUUAUACUUUGUGCGAGGAGGUUGGAUGCAAACAACGAGAUGUGCAUUAUAUUUGGCUCAAAAGUAUGCAAAAACGAAGGUGUUUUCCUUCAUAACUCCGUUUAGCGUGAGCGUAUUCAUAAAGGAAAAGGGUCAGUUAAAACUGUAGCUAUUUAGAGUAACCAAGUUAUGUUCAUAUUUUCACACAAACAAAGUGUUCAAGCUCUGGCUAAAUGGCUUUCUUAAACCGUCUGUAUACAUUUUCGCAGUUUUAUUUUUAAAGCAUCUUAGCUGACGCAGGUUGGUCGAAAUAAACGAAAUAAAGUCCUAGUCAAGAAACCGAGUUGCUGGUUAGCGCAAUAAAAGUGUUGUUCUCGAAAAGUCUUGUCCACUAUAACACUGUCGACCGCAUACGACAAUGAGUUUUGCAUAGAACGUGGACUGUCCCACUUGAUUCCUUGCGUGCAUAUUAAAACUGUGUUAUUGUUCUAGGUAGGGAAAUAAAGCGAACUGCCUCUCCGUAAGUUUUUUAGUUUGUGUACUAAUAACGGCCACAUACGUCAUGGUAUAUGCGCAGUUUGUCUUUAUUGUUAGUCCUCUGAUCCGACUCAAUGUUUUCGCGUUGGUGGGUGCGGUGGAAGUUCAUUUUAAAACGUAACAUAAUAGUCUUUUCUUUGGUUCGUUUUAUCGCCAUAUAAUGUCUAUAAGAUGUCAUCUAUCACGGCCGUCAUUGCGCUAGCAGUACAUACAGACGGAAAACUAAAACUGAUAAAUUUCUAAACAGUUUAGCAUGUAACAAUGGCAAUGAUGUUGACGAAAACGUAUGGGCCAAAAAGUGAGCACUGAAAUUUCAAUGUUGUUUAGAACGUUGUAUUUUAUUAAGACAGAUUAACAGAGUGCAUUAGUAAAAUUCUCAAGGCAAACUAGGUUGCAACUGACUGACAAUGAUAAAAGCCUUCACUCGCAAAACAACACAAAAAGGUAAACGUCUACUUUCGGAAGGCAGUAGAAGAUAAGACUUGAUUUAUAAUACGUUCUCGCUGGUGAUAAAUUUUAUAGAAUAAUUGAAUUUGUGCAGCUUCAUUUAAGUGACUAGACCUCAUACUUACAUGAGACAGGAGAAAGAUUCAUUACAAUUGCCAAGAAACUUCUUUAUAAAUUGGUUCCGGCCGCAAGUUGAAUUUUCAAAGAAAGACUUUACACAUGCUUUUGUCGUGAUUUUUGCAUGGAUUCCAGUUCGGAGCUUAGGGAUAAGAACCAUGCUAACAAUCACUUCAAAAUCGUGAAGGUCUCCAAUCUGACUAAACAGUAGAUUAGCUGGCUACGCGUUCGACUCUUUUUACCUUUUCAAAACUACUUUUAAAUGCAAUUUGUCAUUCACUCAUUCCCUAAACCUCGCUUAUACAGUAAUUAAAUUGGCUAUAAUUCAACGUAAUCACAGGUUAGCGAGGCAAUCUGGACUUUUGUGCAAGAGUUGGACAAGCUAAUCUGUCUUUUUAGCAAGACAAAUCCUAUGUUUGCCCCAGACUUUUAACUAUUUGAGUGCUUAGGCUAAUGGUAAGUCAAGACGUCGUGAUGUAGAGCUCAUCAGUAAUCGCAGGCGAAUUGUGAAAGAAGUAGUUUUAGAUCCCAAAUUCCGUCUUAAGACUCUUUAUGUGGUACUUUAGCUGAGGGUUCCUAUUUAUCAAUAAAAUGCGCCAAAUCUAUCAAUAUGGAGAUAUAAGCGAAUUUAAACACAAACUGCGCAAAUAUAAAGCAGUUAAGCGUUUGUCCCAAAUUACUGUACAUUUUGCCUUGCCUCUACCUCCUGGCGGUUGUUCGGCAAUUAUUAGUUUCCUGGGCAAUGUUGCAUGGAUCUCCUGAAUACCUAUGAAAUAUGCGUCCUUAUCUGCUAGGGUACAAUGCAAAUUUGCAGGUAAUCAUAGCCCAUCCUUUCCGUUAAGUGCUUCAUUGUGUGCUCGAAAUGGGAAUUACGUAGUGUAUCUUGCUAAGUGAGUAGGUUGUUUGUCUUCAAAUCAAGUUAUGAGGGAGUUCAUUUGUCCUGUACCAACAGUUUUUUGAUCUGAGACUACUACCGGUCUGGCAUUUGAGUUCGUUAACAGAUAAUAAUGUUUUGCGUGACGAUCCCGUCUAAAGAUUAUGUAUGCGGAUAAAAAAGACUUCGGAAAUUCUCACAUAAAAAGUGGAAUGUAAGAAAUUCCCACUAAAUGGACGUAGAUCGAUUCAUCUCGAAUACAAAAACCAGACUGGGAGUAUUGAGGAGUCGAGACACAAUGAUCAGCUUUUUAGGAACUCUGACAUGACAGUUUUUGAACUGGCUGUCGUCUUCAACCAACAAUACGCGAUGCCUAGGUCGUUUUAUUGGUGUCUGAACCCACUCAAUUGACCACCAAGUUCUCCUUAAAUAGACCAUCCCUAACACGUGUUACGGCUCAGCGUACUUUUUGUCUGAUUUGGAAUGCAACAAAAAUCACCCAAGGGUAGUAUUCGUCGAUCUACUCUAGUUGCAAUAUGGAACUCAGAUAACUGUUCAGGGCGAUCGACUUGAAAUUCCUAAUAACCCAUCAUAAGCGGAUUUUGAACUUGGAUGAAACAGCAUCCGGCGUGGAGACUUCGGUUGCAUAUAACUGGGAUAUCGGUUACAAAUAACAAUACAAACUGUUUUUAGUCUCCUUUGGCGACAUUCUCACCAGUGGCAUCUUAUGACUGAUACACACAAUUCGUUGAGCCUCAAAUAAAUACCCAUCUGUGAUUGCCUGUGAUAAACUUAAUCCUUGGCGCGUGCGAACCAUUAGGAAAAAUUGCUUUUAAAAAUAUUACCUCCGUUAGAAAAAAAUAUUUAAAAAAUUGAUAAAAACAGAUGGACGCGUCUUAACAGGCAUUCGACUUGAAUAAAGUUUAGGAGUUUCGAGUGACAUACGAAACAGUUCAAAUCCAAUUUUUUGCAACUGCCUUUGGCUUGAUAUUCGUUCAAACGUUUUUUGCGAAUUGUAAUCUCCCAUAACCACCAAUAAAGAAGAACAUAAAAAUCUACUUGUCUUUUAACUUUGUCAGAAGUCAUUUACUUAAUCAAAAUGUCCAUAAUUUGCCCAAAACAUUUUUUCCAUACAACAAUAAGCGGGCUUAUGUUCAGAAGCUCUUCAUGUUUGCGAUGAGGGUUAUUUACUUCCCCCUAAAGUACUAUGCCCUCAUAUGCGUCUACGUUUCUCACUAGAAAACACGUAAAUAUUUCCAAAGAAAUAAGUCUCCAUCGCCCCGAAAACUCUUGCGAUGUGCCGAAACACCAGCCCUCGAUUAUGCUGAGCCAGCCAUCGACCUUCUUCGAAAUUAACUUUUAUCAUGCAUGUCCAAUUUCUAAGAAAACGACGUCUUUUGAGAGCACCUACAGGGGCUAAAGCUUUCUAAAAGUGUUAGGGUAUGAUGAAAACCGGAAUUCACGCUUGGGAUUCUAUGUAGUAAUGCUGUGGGUGCGCAGGCACUGAGAGUUGGCGUGAGGUUUUGAGAACAGACCCAAGGUUGCUUACCACCUUUUAUUCUGCAGCCCCAAAAUAGCAAUUUAUUUUUGAAAGACUAGGUGUGACACAGGAAUAUAAAGUUAGAGUGGUCUUAUGCUAAAGUCCUGGACAUUCCUAUUCUCGUGUCCUAAAUUUAUCCUUUUCAUGAGUUAUUAUACAUAGUCUUGUAAAUUUCACACAGAUUUUCGUAUCAGAGAAUAUUAUUUUUAAAAUAUGACUAAUGACAUUGACUAUUGGCAGUUAGCUGGCAAAAAGUGGUAUCUUGUUCCUUGCAAAAUUCAUUCUUCGUAACAAACAAACUUUUAAGAUACACGCAUAUGAAUUAGGAAGAGUCUCCAUCAAUUCCUGUAUACUGUCGUAAAAGACCUCUGAUACAGCUGAAAGCAUCGGAAAGGCUAUUAAAUCCCAAUAUUCAACAAGUCAGUUGGCGUAGUUUAUAAUUAUCUAAAUGUAAUUAAGGUGAGAAAUUCUCAACAAACUUUAAAAAUACGACAUUAGCAGGUCAAUCGAAACGAAUAAUUUUCAUUCAGUUAAACUCCAAACUAACAGUUUAAAACAUAUCUUGGCUGAAAGCGCAAGCCCUUUUCCAUAGAAAACAAAGGGAGUCCUACCAGGUGAACUGACCCCACAGGUUUUCCGAAAUCACAAUCCUUCCAAACAAAUCAGAGAAACGACUCAUGCUUGAAUGUAAUAAGGUAAGCGAUAUUGCCUAAUUAUGUCUGUUUUCAAAUUGAUCGAAUUUACGGGAAAAUGGCAAAAAAAUUAAAAAAAAAUAACUGUAGGACUGACUUAAGUGGCCCCUAAGCAGGACAUGGAGACAGGAACCGCAUGCAAUGCGGGCGAACUUGAGUCAACCUGCCGAGAGUGUAGGGUAAGUUUUAGGCUAGGGUUAGGGUCAGGCUAGGGAUAAGAUUUAAGAGAAGAUUCAUAAUUAAUGGUAAGUUACGUUAGGAUCAAUUUGAGGUGUCAAGGUAAAGGCUAGUUUUAACUGCAGAGUUAGGGUUUAAGGUAGGGUUAGGGUCAAGGUUAGGGCAUCAAGUUAGUGUUAUAGUGGGGUUACUGUUGGGGUUAAGACAUGGGAAUAUUUUGACUUUUCUGGAAUUAAGCUCAGGUCUACCUUCACUACUUAGGCGGGGCGUACCUAUUUCUACGUUCAGCAUGACGGCCCGGAUAAGGCAGUUCCACCAAAUUUACGAUUAUAUAGCGCAAGGUUAAGAAAGCUUAAUUUUCUGUCAGCCGGCUCUUCGUGCAGGCCUGUCAGGCCCAUCCGGUGCUUGCCUACGCGCAUUGUCGCCUAUCGUCUGUACACACUUCCACGUGUUCACCCACUGUCACGCGCUUAUUUACUUGCAAUCAUUUUGGAUCAAAUCAACUUGUCUAGCCGACUGCAGUUAUUCUCUAGCUGUAAAACUCCUGCUCAAUCGAUCGACCUUACCUGAAGUGCUUGCGCUCAGACACGACUGGCAGAAGAACUCGAGAUUUAAAAAAAACAAUAACUGCAAUACACAGUGCAGACUGCUACCGUUUCCUUGUCAAAUAACGUGAGAUUCAGCUCAGUUCCUUGGAUUUGGUUGAAACGUGGUUUUUGUAACCAAAGCUUAGAAGAUAGAGGAGGCAUAAACACUCAAAAGAAAUCUGCGGACGCUUUUCAAAUAAUUUGCAUUUUUCGGGACUUUGCUCACUGCUUUCAAACGCAUGUGGCAAUAGCUCAUAUGGAAAACGUAGUAAUGCUCAAUUUCUGCUAUACCUUAACCUUUUAUCUAGGAAACUAUCCUCUUUUGGAGUGAUCUGGCGACCCAGGCCUUAAAGUGCCAUGACGAAAGCGGGCUGCAAAAUAUUGCUUUCAUAAAUUUCAUCAGCUCAAGAAAUCCUCAUCAACAACGUUGGGAAGCAAAGAGCCGGAUCACAACAGAAGAAGACGCCAAUUAAAGAAAAGUGUCCUUUUAGAUUUCUAGAGAUCCCCGAAAGUUGGUUAAGGCUCUCAUUACAAAACUUUGGUUUGUCCUUAAAGGAUUUCCCGAGUCACGCUUGGUUCAAAGAACCUCACUUGCGCUUCCUUUCUCCUUUUAGUCAACGCAUUUUGGAAAAACGUCACGAAAUUCUGUGGUGAAAGUAGUAUAAAAAUCUAGAUGCAAACUAUCUGGAAAGCCUUUAUUAAGCACGUACUGUCCGCCUGAAGAAAUCUAUGACAUAGCGGGUUUUUCGGCCUCAAAUGAUAAACAUUUGGUCUAGCUACUGGCAGGAGUCUCCCAAAUCGCCUCUUUCUGAGCUCAAAUAAAAAUAACUGUGGGCAAAUCUUUGUAUAAUGAGGUAACUCGCUCAUGGAAUUUAUGCAGCAUCAUACUAAUGUCUUGAAUGCAGCUUACGCUAAGCAGUCGACAUCCUUUUUAAAACGCCCAUCUGUCUAAUGAUAGUUUUGAUACUGGAUCUUUCCAAAAGAUGAGUCGAUAGGGCGAGUAUCUACAUACGCAUAUUCGCCUGCGUGGUGGUGGCUACUCAAUAACAUCGAUGGGACCCCGACGGGUCUUUAAUAAAAUAUUAUCAAAGUUCACAUAUAUAGAGGAACACAAAACAAGCGAAAAUCUCGACUCCAGUUGCAAAAUGAUAAUCACGAAUGAAGGCAUACGAUCAGGGCGUAUUUCACCUCCAAAAUAAAAACUGAAGGGACAAUGUUGAAGAAUCUUUUUUUUUGCAUGAAAACACCUCUGCUGUCCCCUACUGUCAACCUGAAGCCAGAGAAGUCCAAUACAUCCUACAUCAGCCCUGCAAACGUGACGCUGGAGCCCUCAGUUUGAAACUGUCCACCACAGCUCCUAUCCUGGUUAUGGCCUUAAGUAACAAAUGUUGGUCUAGGCUCAGCAACCCUAAGGCGAUUUACUUUUGGACACAACUUAACUGAUGCCGGCUUAUGUGCAUUAAUAAUUAACCUGCGAUUGUUUGACAAAAUAGGCAACAGACAGAAAUAAUAGGCCUAUACUUCCAGAGAAAAAGGGCGUUCGAAAGUAUGCGCACAUGCAGACAUUGCACUGCAAAAUAAUGAUAAGGUUAACAAAGAGAAAUAUAAGUUCGAAUAUGUCCAGACUCGUAUAGGAGUAUUAGGGAUAUUUUACCUAACAAAAAGAGUCAUUUGUACGGCAAAUUGCAUAUUAAAUCCUCCUAUAAGUGAAGGGUUUCAGUAAAAGCGGAAUUAAUAGAUGUUUUGGCAGAUUUUGAAUAAUUCAUAUUGACCCAACUGUGCAAAACCUCUGCGCCUCGGUAGGCUUCAUACCCACGACAGCAAAGGGGGAGAGUUUUGUACAACCAACGCACUAACCACCUGAGCUAUGAGGCCCCGCCGUAGUUUUUCACGGUUGGGUCAAUAUGAAUUACUUAAAAUCUGCCAAAGCAUUUGGUUAUCACGUGAGCCUAGUAGUCAUCUCAUGGAUUCUAUAUUGAUUGCUUAUGAAAUCCUGCUUGACCAGUCAGCUUACAGGAUCAGAUUUGGUGGAUUUCAGACGUUUCAGCAGGCUGGGCGGGUAACCUGACCCACACGGGGUUAAACGCACGCCAUCCGUUAUGUCCUCGAUGUCCAGGCGGCUAGAGGGUUGACCUUACCAAGCCCUCCACUUUGCUGUCAUGAUAUUAUUUCCGGUUAAGGGGGAGGUUAUUUUUUGGUUAAGUUGAGUUACCCUUAGUCACAACUAGCCGUCUAGAACACAUUUUCCGAAUAUAUCUUUAAGCUUAAAUAAAAGAACGUUCAUCACAAGAGCCUUGCACAAUGUAAAACUACAGCAGCCAAUUUAAUCAUCCUCAACUGUGAUGCUUUUUUGCGGUGAAAGCACUGUUUGCUCUUAAUGUUGAGUACUAGGAUACCCGACACUUUUCCCUUCCAAAUUGGACAGCCCCAUUCCUUAUAUUCUGCGUCAAAUGCUGCGAAUGUCCAAAAUAUGACGAGAACCUCGUUUCUUUAAUUACGCCUUUAAACUAUGGAAAAUACAACAAACUGCAAUGAGAUGUAUAGAAAACUCCCGCAAUAUUUUAUUUCGUUCGGAGUUUACUUGUUAGUGAAAUGUGAUUAGUUCUGAGACUAACUGGACGCCAUUUUUACAUCAGGCAGCACCGUCGGUCAAAACACUUACACUCUUCUCAGAAAUCACAAAACUCUUUUCAAAUUUCAUAACUGGAAAGAAUCAGCCUUUUAAAAAUCAGAGUGAACGUAAACACAUUUGCCUGCGCAUGAUUAUUUAAGUUUAACGAUGAUACUUAUGUGAAAACUUAAGAAGUCACGUUCGGCAAACGGACAGACGUGAACUAAGCAAUCGGUGAAGAAAAGUAGUUUUGAACCAACAUUUGUAAUUGUUUUAAGUAGAUCAGCUCAGUUAAAGAUCGAAAACAUCACACAGUUUUACAAAUACUUGAUCAUUUUAUUCAUUUUAGCGACAUAAUUUCUGUCAGUUUACUUUGCAAUGCGCAAAAAAUAGAACAAGAAAUAACACUUAGAUUCAUUAACCUUCAUAAACGCCUGUUACUUGACGAAUCAGAUCGCACCUCAUUCCACUUCUUGGGUCCAAAUGCAGGCACUUGAAAUAUCCUGCGUUACGAAAGAUGGGAUUUUUGUCCCCAGAAUACAAAAGUCAGGCAGAUUGUGAGAGGAACAUCAUUCCCAAAGAACAAAAAGUGAACUUCGACAUCUGCGCAAUAUUAUAAUUAGUGCCAACCUUAUGAAGUGAAUGGAGUUUUUGUUCGGACAAACCGCAGAGCAGACGAUUUUUGGCCGAAAAUGUAAUAUGAUUUCUCGAAAUACGAAUGAGGUGACUUGUUAUAUAGGAUUAUAACUCCACCUAUACUCAGCACAGUUUUAAAUUUUCAAUUUUACCCAACUAUGGAUACCUUUGUGGGGUUCUACAGAAAAUGAGAGGCCGCUCUCUCUGUCCAGCAUUUACAGAAUUUAAGAUUACC